AUGGCUCCCAUCCGUCGCUACCUUCGUAUCACCAAACAUUCGGCGCUGGAGUGUCGGAUUUACUUGGAUAACCCGUCCGACAGCCGAUGGCUAUUAAGUUCUGCCCAUCCGGUUCUUCCUCGCGUAUUUGACGCGAUCCGGCACCUGGUCCUUCCUAAGUUGCGCGAAGAAAACAUACGCCUUUGGACUCGCAAGAAGGGCAAACCUGUCAAAGAUGUUGUUCAGGAAGAUGACUUUGAAGUCGCAAUCUUCCUCCGUGAAACGCGAACGCGUCAUUCACUGCUAACGCGGACCAAGACAUUUCAUAAUUCUGGAAAGGGGAGCGAGGCUGAGCAUGAUGAGGGUUCUUUAGCCAUGCCUGCCAACUCCGUAGAGAAUGCCCAAGUGAUUCCCGAGAGCGAUAGUGACCCGGAAUUUGAUUUGCACGAUAUUCCGGCGAACGAAGACGGCACUGGAGAAAGUGAUUUAAGAACACGGAGGGGCAAAGGAAGAGAUAACCAAGAUGGCCAGGCCGAAGGGACGGAUGAGAAAAAGCUCGGCUUCAGCACCACCUACGAGAGCUUCAAUAUUCAUGGCUGGGUACUUUGCUUGUUGAUCACACGAAAAGACGGUAAAGCAGGGAGGGCCACGACGGCAGAGCCAAAACAGCCGCUCAUGGAGGAAUGGAUAUCAACACAAGCUCAAACUACCCUUGAGGAGGAUUGA